CUCUGUACGAAUAGUAUUGGCAGUAUUGGCUGCAUUGCUGCAUGCACCUGCACGUGUCCUCGUGAGGCCGCCGUCGAUUUUCCUUGGCCGCCCGGUUCCCACCCGUCUCAUCUCGUUAUGUCUCGUCGUUUCCUGAACGAAAAAUCCCACGCUCCUCCAACCGGCAACUCAGUCAAAGCUCUGACAUUCCCCAUUGACACGUUCCUCUCUCGCUCUCUCAUGCCCUGACCUGCCCUGCCCUACCCUGCCCUGUGGGUGUGGAUAUGGAUGUGGAUGUGGACGGUCAAGUGGCUCUGGUCCAAACAAGGCUUUCCAAUUGGCAACAUGCCCAUCUGCGCCCCUCUAUCCAGCUUUGUUCCUCUCACUCCCCGCUCUGCUUCUAUUCAGAGAAACCCCGCUGUGUCAAUAGUAUCGACGACCGGUUCUUACCGAGGGAUAGCAGCGAUAAUAUGGGCAAUAUCUCAUCCAAAACGCCGGGCCUUGACUCGACAUCUACCCCGUGAGUUACCCCGUAGGCCCGCAGGAGCCACACAUUGGCCUUGCGUCGAAGCAAUCGAUUAAAGUGAGACAUUUUCCAUCUUUCGCCGACGCCGACGACAAGCCAUCCUCGUCUUCGAACCUCUUGCACCACGUCAAUUGCACGUUGCACCUUUCAGGCACAGCCGUCCUGCCACAGCCGUUCUGCCGCCCGUCGAUCCCCCCCUCUUCUGUCUCGGCUGUCCUCUGGUUCCCCUAGAGCAUCUCUUGAGGGAUAUCCUCCCCCAAAUGAACAUCAGAACGCACUUGAACUUCCGCUUCAUCGAUGCUCCAUGUUCUCUCAGGCAGCCCCCCAACCACAUCAGACGGAAUCGGGCCUCGACACUGGGGACUCGUCGUUUAACUGCCACCAGUUCCGCAUAGCUCAGGCAGCUCAGCCCUUUUGAGUAUAUGUGCGCGAGCAAGCAAUAUCAGACCUGGUAGUGGCAUGCCAGUUUCCCAGUCCACAUGGAAAGGACCAAAACUAAGCCUGUCCGUUGAUGUCGUUGCGUGUGUAGCAGCUAGAGUAGUACCGAUCCAUCGGCAUCAAAGAUGUGAGAGGCUAGUCGUCCCUUCGUCCGGCCCAAAACUUCAAACAAAACACGCCAUCAAGAUCGCUCAGCAGCUAGCGCUCUUGAACUUUCCCGGAUUCUCAAGCAAGCUACAGUACACACCGGCAAACGUGGGCCACGGACCUUGGAGCUGGUGGUGGUCGCGGUGGACAUGCAAGACGUUUCUCACUGCGCCGUCCGACGGUGCUGAUCCUCCCUCCAUCCACAUGCAAAGUCCUUGUUGACUUGUGAUUGUGUAUCCCGUACCUUGGACCACCGGUUACAGAAGAGCUCCCGGCUCCUGCCUCCCGACUCCUGAACCUGCAAGCCCGACGCCCAUCAACAGAGAACAAGCUUCAGCCCGACAGCCCUCAUCCCGGCCCAUUUCUCCGUGGCACCACGGUGAUGCCAAGCCUCGGGUCACUGGAAGCGCAUUCAUCCAUAAUCGACGAGAGCAACAGGCUGUGACGUGAAUUAUAUCAUAAGCCGAGCGGCCGUUUUGCGCUUCUGCAAUGCUGCUGCUUCCUGUAGGAUGUAGGUCUGUACGCCGUGGCCGACGAGCCGCCGGCAUGAAGCAGCAGCCUUGAAUGCGGUAAAGUCUGACAUUGUUCCCGUGGCCACACGUCCCCUUCAAGCUCAAGCUCAAGCUCAGACUCGGCCUCAGCCUUGGAGCGGGUGGUGGGCAUGUAGCAUGACGCCAGCCAGCAUCUGCGACGGUCUGUUUCUCUGCUGCGGCUUUCUUGGCAUUCGGGCGAGAGCUUGGGAAAGGGAACUGCAACGAGAGUGAGAAGAUGGAACCCGAAGACUGGCGGAUGCGGGUGUGCGUGCGCGGGCAUCGCGACAAUCGCCCGUCCGCCCUAGGCCGAUUCCGGCCGCGAGCUUGUGUUUGGGGUUUCGGGCGCCAUAGGAGACGUAGAGACUCCUGGGGAGUUGGGGCACAGGCGAGGAGGGUAUCUCUGCCUCGCUUUUUUCCUAUCCAGCUCGGACGCCCGCCAAGAGAUUCAACGGUCUCCGAUGGACUCUUUCGUCCUCGCGCGACACGGCGCGACAGCUUCUUCACACAAAGCCGCGGCCUUUCGAAACACACGACAAAGAAAUCCUGCAAAUGGUGAGGCUCGGUUUUUCUGAGACCUGCCUGAAAACGAGUAACAACUUGAGGUGCCCAGUUGUCCACUAUAUCCAGAUUCCGACCUGCUUGCGGCGUCCCGGGCUGCCCCUCUUUGUCUUGGUAUUGGCUGUCUAGGGCCGAGCGAGCCUGCGAUGAGGAUCCCCCUUUACAUCCAUCCGACGACUCUGACGGUGGUGUUGUAGCCAGCCAGCAGCAGAUGGAAUGGAGCAUCAGAGGAAAAGCGCAAUGAAUUGCCCCGUCCGGCACAUGCUUCCGUUGCUGGCCCCUCUUGGUCUCGAGUCCUUCGGUCUCUCGGUCUCUCCAUCCCCACAUCCAAUCCCCCUUGCCUAUCCUCUACUCUGCUGGGCCUAUUGGCGCUGCUCUCUCCCUCUCCUUCCCCUCUCUCUCCUCUACGUGUGGGCAUGUGCGUCCGCCGGUCGACGAGUUAAUGUGGGUGCGCAACCGGGUGAUUCAGCGGGCGUUGGACCCUAGUAGAUACCAUCAACAUUGGGGGUCAUUUCAUGGCAUUUGCGGCACCUCCUGCUCAUUUCCUCCUCGCCAGGUCUGGCCUUGCCCCAAGAUUAUGGAUUAUGGGCAAAGGUUACCGAUGUCAUGACAAUUCUCAGGAGACCUUCCGGUUUGUAUUGUUGAACAUUAUCGACCAACAAACAUCACAUGUCCCUGGCACGAUGGAAAGUUACGACAUGCUUCACUAUCGGUCUUGACACCCAUUGUUGUCAACGACGAGUCGUGGGACUUUCUCUCUCCUUCUCCCUGUGUCUGCCCAACACCCAUGCCCAUCCAACGCGACGUCGGAUGUCCCGCCUACCUCCUCAUCUUCACCCAUGCAAGCUGUCGAAGAGAGAGAUAGGCUCGCAGGCAGGCCAACACAGCAAACCCCGCGCCUCGCAUCUCUUUGAUCGACGACCCCCUGCUAGCCAACCCGCCGAUUCCAUUUGGAAACUGGCGGAGCAUUGGUUUCUGGUGCGAUGAAGGCCCUGUAUAUUACCCCGCAUUCUGAGAUGAUGGGGCGAGUAUUCCGACGCCGCCAACCUCCUUCAACUGCUCGCUCUUGUUGCGGCUGCACCUGCAGCUCUUUCCGCCUUACUCUCUCAAAUCCCCAUGCGGCAGCGGCGCGUAGCGUUGGAAAUUCGUCGCGGUGCAUCGACUGGUCAGCCAGCAGGAAGAACCCACGCGGGUCGUCGCAACCCUGCAGACGAGACACGCAGAAGACGACGAAGAUGAUCGACAGGUUCAACUAAGACUUCUGGCGACUCUUCCCACCUAGCUUGCGUCUUGUCUUGCCUACACCCUCAAGAACCAAGAAUUCCCAAGCAUCCACAACUCCGAGAUUCCUUGAUGCUACUCAUGCACUCGUGUCGUCAAGCCCGCGGCAUCCCAUAGACUAGACUGAUUGCAAAGUGGCAACCAGCAGUGCACUCUGACUGCCGCCGUGCCUUGGGUAGCUGGACCUACUACUAGUGUAGUGUUGUUGCUCUCUGAUACCUCCCAUGCCGUCACCGUCGACAGACUUUCAAGCUCCUCGUCGGUCCGAAGGUUGGUCCAAGUAGGAUGCCAACAAGCCGACGAACCCAGGAUUGUCGUUGACGCAUGGGGAAUAAACAAACUCACGACGGGCUCCUUGGGCAGCGGGCGGUCGAGGAGAAGGAAAUGAGCAGACGGAGCCAUAGAGUGCCACCCUCCCACUCUACGGGGUCCUCGUACACCACACCUCAGGUAGCCAAUGCGCUACCUCAUUGGCGUAGGAGCUUUGCUUGUCUGGGGAAGUGGUCGUUACCCCUAAACAUAAGCUCCGACACGUUGGAAGCAAAGCCUACAUACUCUGUACCAAGUACUCAACCCCCCCCCCCAUCCCCUGCAGUCCCCAAGCGGUGAAGGGGGCACAAAGAAAACAGCCUGAGUAAGAGGAGGGUGUGAGGGAGGCCGUCUCGGGAGGCCGCUUUGGGAAAACCCCGAAUCUCGGUUUAGUGCGUACUCGGAAACGUGGGAGGAGAAGGAUGGAUGGGAGGGAGGGAGGGAGGGAAGGUCUGGCUAUUGCUGAACCAGUGAGCCACGUCCAUUCAGCCGUCCAGUUCCUCGGAUACCGCUCCGGUGAAAAGGUUUGGCCGUUAUUUUCGCGUUUGGCUUCUUCUCUGCUUUCUUUUUUGGCUUUGCGCUUGGAAAGGAUGGCUGGAGAAAACUAACUUUCAGUCCGACUUUUCGUCACCUGGCAUGUGCCGUCAUGUCGAAAUGUUGCUUUUGGGGGGGGGGGUUGCCUUUACUCCCCAAAUUCAGGGUCUCAGUCAUGCCUUCGUGGAGGAUUUUACGAGGGAACGCUCGGAGAGUUUUCGCGAGGGAAGUCGGGAGUUUGUCUUCGUGGCGGGCUGCAUGUUGAGUGUGUGCACCCGUAUAUGUGAAAUGCUUUUUCACGACUUCUCACACUUCGUGGUGUUUCCCCCGUCACCCUCACCCUUUGCUCGCGCCCCUUUGCAUCAGCAUCAUCUCUCUACCUUCGGGCGCUAGUAGUAGACAAAGCACAGUGUCACAACCGUCGUAUCCCAUGCCAAGGAGUCUCAGAACAGAAGAGAUAUCCCGUUGCCCGGAAAGCUUGUCGCAUAGAAAGCGGCACGAGACGAGAUACAUGCCUUUGCGCGAUAAAGUCAUGGCGCCUCGAACCCUGCUCUUCUUCCCUCCCUCUCCCCUCUUCAACCCUUUGCUGCCUCGUCUUCGUCUGAUGUCCGUCGUCACCGGUCUCGGUUCCUUCCAGAACGUCCAAGGAAGACAACCUUGUUUGGCGGCGGUGAGCAGACGAGCAGUCGUGAGCCUCCCCUCCAUCAUCCUUCCCUGUCUUCGCCUUCUCCAUCCGUCAUUGCUAGCCGAGUGCCGAGCUGCAAGCAAGUGGUGUCGCGAGUCACGGACCGUGAGCGUGACCGCAUCCUCUGGCGUUUCAAGAACCGCGGAUCUUUUCUUCCUCGGGGGAAUCUCUCUCUUUCUCUCAGGGUGCCUAUCCGGGGGGACGCGGCGGUACCGCUGUCGCCGUUAUGCUCGCCUCGUUCGCCUCUCUUCCUCCCACCCCGGAGGCUUCCCAGGCCCAUUCGUCCAGUCAUCAGGCAGGUCGCUGUUCCAUUUGCAGACUCCGGGGUGGCCAGUUGGGGGGGGUUGGGGGACUUGGUUGAUCGCCAUCAGCUUUUGCUGUUUCGUUUCGAAGGAUGGGCGGAAAGGGGCAACGACAACCUGCCAAGCCUUUGCCGGAGUCGGGAGGGGCUUUUCCGCAGCUACCUUUUUUCUCCUUGGGGAAACCUGGAGACAAGCACAUACGUCGUACAUCGUAAGCGCACGUUGGUAGAUCCGUACCUGGGCUGUUGUUGUGUUCCCCCCCGUUUUCCUCCCCCGGGAAUGGAAUGUCGGGAUUAGCGACCGCUCUCUCUCUCUCUCUCUCUCUCUCUCUCUCUCUCUCUCUCUCUCUCUCUCUCUCUCUCUCUCUCUCUCUCUCUGUGGCGACCCAUCC